AAUUUUUAAAAAAUCCAAAAAUGCCUACCGGAGAAAAUUCCGAUCAUAUUUCUCAAGAACCAAAUAAUAUAUUUCUUCUUGCUAAAAUUAUCAUCAAUUCCUUCAAAAUUUCUCUAUUUUCCACCAAAAAAAUUUCAUUUUUAAUUUUCUUUUUCCUUUCAUUUCCACUCUCUUUUUUUCUCUUCUUAUUAUCCUUCCUCACUUUCCCUUUAAAAAAUAGAAUUCAACAUCUUGAAGAAAUAUCAUUAUUUUCAUCUAUACAUGUUGAGUCCAAACAUCUAUUAGAAGAAGCAAAUGAAGAAGCUAAGUCUUUGCUAUUUUUGAAAAUUCUAUUUCUCUUUCCUACUUUUUUACUCUCCCUUUUUACUGCGGUCACCGCGGUAAAUGUCGCGUUUUCCGUAUGUUCCAACGGAAAACCGACUGUUCUAACGGCUUUUACUGCAGUAAAAGCCGUUUGGAUACGGGUCGGGGCUACUACGAUGUGCGUUUACGUGAUCAUGCUAGCGUGUGGCAUUGUGCCCGGGAUGCUCGUGGCGUUUCUCGAGACC